CCCGCCCGCCCCUGUCCCGCCCGUCCGGCAGCGGCUGCGCCCGGCUCGGCUCCGCUCGGCUCGGCGCGGCUCGGCUCCGCUCGGCUCCAUCCCUUCCCGGCCCGGCCAUGCUCUGGCCCGUGCUGCUGAUGGCGGCGGCGCUCAUGGCGCCCUCGGCCGUGCUCGCGGCUCCCGCCGCCGGGGCGCCCACGGCCGAAGAGGAGCAGCUCUUCAAGGCCUGGAUGCAGCAGUUCGGCCGCCGGUACAGCCCGGACGAGUACCCGCGCAGGCUGCGCAUCUUCGUGGACAACAAGCGGCUCAUCGACGAGCACAACGCCGGCAACCACAGCUACCAAAUGGGCCUGAACCAGUUCUCGGAUAUGACCAACGAAGAGUUUCAAAAGAUGUACCUGUGGAGGGAGCCCCAGAACUGCUCAGCCACCAAGGGGAGCUUCGUGCGCAGCUCGGGGCCGCGUCCCGACUCCAUCGACUGGAGGAAGAAGGGAAAUUUUGUGACGCCCGUGAAGAACCAGGGGCCCUGCGGGAGCUGCUGGACCUUUUCCACCACGGGCUGUUUGGAGUCUGCUAUUGCCAUUGCCACUGGAAAGCUGCUGUCUCUGGCGGAGCAGCAGUUGGUUGAUUGUGCCCAGGCCUUUAACAACCAUGGCUGCAGUGGGGGCCUGCCAAGCCAAGCCUUCGAGUACAUCCUGUACAACAAAGGGCUCAUGGGGGAGGACAGUUAUCCGUACCGGGCCAAGAACGGCACCUGCAAGUUCCAGCCAGAGAAGGCCAUUGCCUUUGUCAAGGACGUUAUCAAUAUCACGCAGUACGAUGAGGAUGGCAUGGUGGAAGCUGUGGGGAAGCACAACCCGGUGAGCUUUGCCUUCGAGGUGACAAGUAACUUCAUGCACUACCGGAAAGGAGUGUAUUCCAACCCACGCUGUGAGCACACCCCUGACAAGGUGAACCACGCCGUGCUCGCCGUGGGCUAUGGGGAGGAGAACGGGACUCCCUACUGGAUCGUGAAGAACUCCUGGGGCCGGCUGUGGGGCAUGGAGGGGUAUUUCCUUAUCGAACGAGGCAAGAACAUGUGUGGUCUCGCAGCUUGUGCCUCUUACCCCGUUCCUCAGGUGUAGGAGGGAGCACAGGCUGGGGACGGGGGGAGCAGGACAGGAGUGGCUGAUCACGUUCCAAUUUCUGAGUGCUGAAGUGACAAAAGGGAGAACAAGGUGCAACACCUGUCAGCUGAAAGGCGUUCCCUGCAGGCAGGUUCCUCGGCUUGCACACACCCUGUGCAGCAGGAAAACUGUGCCUCCUCAGCCAGAGACACGUGAGCUCCUGUGCCCUGCUAGAUUCCCUCCUCCUGCUCCCGGCCCAGGUGUGCCCGGCUGUGCUUCCAUCUACCUGGGGGGUCAGAAGGGGGAUGCUGGGGAACCACGGAGUUACCUGACUUCAGACAAAGCUCCCCCCCUCCUUCAGGCAGCUUUUUCACAAUCACCAAGCGUAAAUUUUAGGGAUUUUUAAUUUUUCUUUGAAGGCAAUUUCUCCCCUAAAGAAGCAUGAGUGCUGUGAUUUGUACAUUUUUAUCUAUUUUCACGGGACGUCUUUAGUAUUUUUUUGUAUUAAAAAGUAGGGUAUUUUAAUGCAAAUAGAGAAGAAACGGGUGAUAUUGUAUUACGAAUAAACGAAGCAAGAAGCUCGGUGCUAAUUAGAAACAGGCCCUGGGGAGCGAAGCCGAUGUCCGCAGGGGCACGUCUGUGUUAUUUCACGCUGAAAUCUGUCGCUGACAAUAAUAAAGCUGCCUCGUCCCGGGA